UUUGCAUUGCAUUGAUUGUUUUGACGUGCGCGGAAAUAGAUGUCUUAGUUGUAUUGCAGUCUGUUAAUUUAACGUAUCUGUUUCUAGUAUUAAUUUGAAAAAAAACUAUGGCUUUAGCCAUUAUCAGUUAAUAUUAUCAGUAAACACAUUUGAGUUAAUAUAAAAAUGGCGUUGAGUGACGUCGCUGAAGAGUACUUUCGUACAUUGAACCCACUAGCUGCAAAAAUACAUGAAGAUAUCACUGAAGCUAAAAAUGCAUAUGAAAACAUUUGGGAUACUCUAUCAUAUAAGGAAAAGGCUGAAAUUAUAAAUGAAUCAAUAAUUAAACCGGAUAUAGCUCUAAAAUAUGCUCUACUUGAUACAUUAGAGUUUGAUUUAGACAAUCCGCCUAAUAAUAACGAUGAUCUGAUGUCAUUCUUUGGCAAAGAACAUGCCAUGAAGAUUGUACAAGAUGAAAAUGGUUCGUACAGGGAUGAACAUUCUGCUCCAUUCCUGUAUCAGACUAAAAGUCAGUUAAAUUUAUGCAUUUUAAACGAAAGCAGACAACCAAAGGAACCUAAAUGUACCUCACCACCUCCGAUACUCUCGGAAUUAGCAUUAUCUCAUUCAAAAGUAGUGAAUGAGUUGAAGAAUGCACUUAAAUCACAUGAUGUAUUGAAGAAUACAUUCAAAGAUCCCAAAGAUAGAGAUGUUACCUCCCCAACGGGACUGUUUACAAAGUUUAUAGGAAACUUUAAAUGUAAAGAUGAGGAAAGAGAAUGCUUAAUGACUGGACAGAAUACUCAUAUUGUUGCAUCUUCAGAUAAUUUCUUUAGAACCAAUUUCAAAAGUCCGCAGAAUGAUAAUAAAUAUGAUAAGGAUUAUCGAAGCAGUGUUAUUAAGUCAAAUAGUGACUUAUCGGAGGAGAAUCGUGGUCUGCUCUCAUCUAGUCAGGCGUCUUCAGGGACCGAUUUCCAGUCGACUGAGACCCUCACGGAAGGCACCAGUCUGCCGAAGACAGGUUACGAUUUCUUGGAUAACUGGUAAUUCUUCUAGAAGCUACAGGUUUUCUUGAUGCGACAGUAAAUCUUCUUGAUGUUACAAUGAAACUAGGCCCUUAAUUCUGCUGUCUUUCUGUAAUUCUUAGUUAAAUCUCAACAUGUCGUACACCAAUAUAGUACUGUCCUUUUAUUUAACGAUGUUUUUCUGUUAAAUGAGAGGGCAUAGCAGUUCCACCAUCAAGCUAAAGCCAUUAAAUACUUUUUCUGCAGAUUACAAGACACUAUUGGUUCCAGUUUUGUUGAAUUUAAGGGUUUUGUGUUGAUAGUUCUAUCUGGUAUAGAAAACAGAUAAUGUUUUCGUACGAAACAUCACAUGUGAAUGUUAGGAUAAGACGUUACGAUUUUCAUACUUUAUUGACCAUUGGUCAUAUACUAUAAGUUUUGUCUCUCCAAUGUAAGCGUACAUAUCGACGCUGGAAAGCAUAAACGCUG